AUGGCACAACAUCAACAUGACCAUCAGCAUGGUCCGCCAUCAGCACCAAUUCCCACAGAAGAACAGAUGGCAUUGAGUGACGCCAACUUCCAUGCUGUUCCUUUGGCAAUCGAUCCAAAUACACACACUCUCACUUCGCCUACACAUGAUGUCAACGUUCUCAACGCAUUGAUCAGAUCAUUGUCAGCACUUCCACCACAGAUACCGAUCCCGCCACCUCCCAAUGUAGUCCCACCUCAACGCAGCUUGGCAAUCAACAAAGCCAAAGAAGAUGGCAAUGCAGCAUUUAGCAAAAAGAAUUAUGUAGAUGCGAUUCGAAUGUUCACUUUGGCAAUCGACGUUGCUGCUUCAAGACCGUUGUGGGAGAACAAUCAAAUGGCAAGAGAUGAAUUAGCCAUUUGCUUGGCAAACAGAAGUGCAGCAUUAGCAGAAGUAGGAGAUUGGGUCGGGGCUCUUUGUGAUGCAGAAGCAUGUACAAAACUCAAAAAGCCAUGGCCAAAAGCACAUUACCGUAAAGGAAAAGCUUUGCAAGGUUUGGGAAGUUCGACCCACGUAGCGUGGUGA